AACAGACUCUGAUAUAACCAAUAACAAGAUGGCGACUUUGCAUAUGGCCUCCCGUUUCUUCCUUAUUGUUGUUCUCGUUUCUUCUUCAGUACACGGGAUGCUGGACUGGUCAGAGUUGUUUACACAUUGGCUGCCAUUCAGACCCCACGCCUGUCCAUCCCAGGAUUUGGACUCAAACGAGAAAUUCACUUUGGUUCAAACCGAGGGCACCCAUUGUAGGUCAUCUCUUCAGAAUAAAUGCCAUCAAUAUCACCAUAGCGGCAAGACGAGGAGUCGCUUCUACAUGUCCACAAUCUACAAUGGACCAUGUUCAUCUGUCAAUACUACGACGUGUUCUAACUACGAAUGUAAACAAUCGUGUGUGGACGGAUACCAUCGGAACUCGGACGGCAGGUGUGUCAAUACAGUAACCCUACAUUGCUUCAAUGGUGGAUCACUUAAUUAUAACUUGACAAAGUGUGUGUGUCCUGCCAACUUCACCGGAGAACAGUGUGACAUUCCUAUCUGUAACCCUGGCUGUAGGAAUGGAGGAGUAUGUUCACAACCCCCUGACUCCAAAUGUUACUGUCCAGAUCACGUGACGGGCAGCACAUGUGAAACACCAAUUUGUGGAAAAGGCUGUCUGAAUGGAGGAGAGUGUGUUCUCAAUGGCACAACCUCCCGCUGUGUCUGUCGUCCGGGCUUCGUGGGACAAAACUGUGAAUGGGGUAGUUACUACCUACCUGUUUGUGAUGCAAGUGACGAGGUUGAUAAUACCACCAGAUGCAUGUUUGACGAAGAGUGUGAUGACGGACGAUACUGCUGUAGUUCGUCCUCGACAUCAAUAUUUGGACAUUGUUCUAUGCCCGAGAACAACAUCACCUGCAUACACCCGGACGGAGCGGUGGUUGCCAAGAAUGAUAUAUACAAUAGUGUGCGCGACUGUCAGGCGUGUGUAUGCAAAGCCCCAUCCAAUGCUUCCGCCGAACACGGCGACAUCCUGUGUAUAUCUAGUGGUUGUUCAAGUGACUUCCUGUCGAACCCUCACUGCUGCCCCAAAACAACCGAUAACAGACCUUGCCCACCACCUGUGAUUCGUGGUUGUCCUGAUAAAAGGGAGAUAAUUCCUGUAUUUGCUUCAAAAUAUGGUAACCAUGCUCUCCUUGUCAACACGUUCGAGGCUCACAACUGCUUGGGUAGCCGUUUACAUGUCGACUUGAAUAGAGUAGACUUCUCAGCUUGUGCUUGUGGCACCGAGAAAAUUUACACUGUAACAGCCACGUCCGAGAAGGAUUUCAACAACAGGCAAGGGACAUGUGACUUUCGAGUUGUGGUCGAAGACAUUACUCCCCCUGUAUUUGUCACCUGUCCAGCAACAAUGUAUGUCCGACAGGGGGAGAAAGUGAGCUGGCAAAAACCGGAAGUGACUGAUAAUGUAGGAGUUGAGCAAAUUAACCUCUACAAUUCUAGAAUAAAAAACAACAGUAAAGAUGCAUCUCCAGGCAUAUAUUUCCUUGAAUACAUUGCCAUCGACUGGCAGGGUAAUGAUGCCAAGUGCCGCUUUCGAGUUCACGUCCUCAGAAACAAUAAAGACGACUCUCACUACCCUUCCGAAUUACGACAAAGGAAGACUCACAUGUCGCCCGUAAUCAUCAUUGGUUCUGUUGUUGGGGUACUUUGCAUCACACUGAUUGCCAUCGUGGUCAUCAUGGUGAGAGUUUGUCAUAUUCGGAAAAAGCGUCUACGAGGUGUUCAACAACAACAGCAACAACAGCGUGUCUCGACAACAACCGACAUUUACAGCAUAUACACCAACGACCCUCCACCUUACGAAAUUGCCGCCAAACAUAAACUCCCUAAAUACAGUCAGUCAGACAACCCUCCUAAAUAUGAAGAAGUCACCCAGGAAGCCUAUAACAAUCCGUCAUACACCUCUUCGGAGGAAGUCGCUGGCACGUCAGAGGGCAUAAGUACAGGAAGGGAGGAUAUGGGUGGCAAACGCGUGACCAUCGUGUGAACUUAAAUGGUCCUUCCACUGUAUUAUUGCAUUAUAGUUGCAUAUACAGAGAUGAUCUACAUUUCAUUGUUAAUAGUGUUUCAUGUACAAAUCCAAUUGAACAGAAUACGCAAAAAUUAAAAAAAAAAUUUCUUUCAGUAACAAACAUGCAUGAACAAUGAGCAAUGUCGCCUUAUCCCAUCGUAAAAAGAAUUAGUAAAAUUAUGAAUUUGUUGAGAAAUUCAAAUCUCUGUAUUAUUUAUCAUAAAGAAAUGAAAUCACGGAUGAGGGAUUAGCCCAUGGACUUCGAGUUACGUGUGUGAUUAGCCAAUGGACUACAAUCUGGCAUGUGAUUAGUCCAUGGACUUCGAUCUGGCGUUUGAAUAGCCAAUGGACUUCGAUAAUGCGUGUGAUUAGCCUAUGGACCUGGAGUUGGCGUUUGAAUAGCAUAUGGGCUUCGAGUUGGUGUGUGAUUAGACCAUAGACAUCGAUCUUGCGUGCCAUUAGCCAAUUAACUUCGAGUUAGUGUGUCAUUAGCCCACGGACUUCGAUAGAAUUAUACACUGUGUAGAAUUACUGUACAUCGUCCCAUCGUCAGCGUAAACUAUAUAUAAAUGAACAUACGAAAAAUAAUAUUGUGAUUUUUAAUAGUGUUCUGUUCGUAUAUUAUGAACUGUAUCUUCUUGAAUUUGUUUUCACUUCAAAUCAAUCAUGUUUUGAUUACAGGUAAUAUAUGAACAUUUUUUCAAUAUUUGACAUAGCAUAAUUAUCAGAGAUUAACGAUUAUUUAUCUUUAAUUGAUGUUUGAGAUAAUAAAUACAAAAUGUAUGUUCAUAUCUAAUCAUUGAUUUAUUGGGAAUUCAUUUUUUUAAUACGAAAAUGAAGACGGAGCGUUUAUCACAUUGGCGGUAUACCAUCUCAUGGCUCAGAAAAACGACCUCACACUACACGAGUUAAGCAUGGAUGUCCCAUUGUUAAAGUUACAAACAUGUAUUUUAUUGUAUUUACAACUUGACAUUUUAUUAAGAUACGUAAUAAACAUCACUUUAGACAAUGACAAAAAUAAUAAUAUUUCUUCGAUAGACCUCUAAUCAAUAUCUUUCAAUAAAACAAAUUCCACAAAUUCAACUCUGGUUUUAAAAUCAAAACAUUUCUUCUGCAAAAAUUUGGUAAAAGUUCUAUAACAUGAAUCCUUUAUAACGCAAAACGUUUAUAUUAUGCUAAUGCAUGUGUACCAUGAACAAAACAUCUCGAAGGUAAUAUAAUAACGCAUAUACCCUAAAGGUACACAACACAUGCAAAUGAACAUGGCAACUAGAUAGUAUUGAACGUAUAUAAAUAAAAUAAAA